GAAACACUCAGCGCGUCAGUUGCGCAAAAACAUGGCUCCAAAUCAGGCUCUUUUCCUCGUCGUCGCACUUAUGCUUCACUGGUGUCGUUAUGCCGGCGCCGAGAAUGCUGCGUUACAAUCGAAAAACAUUCAGGCUACCGACAGUGCAGCCAUUCCAGAUAACUCGAGUGCAACUUGCGAACAGAAAUUGGCCACCUUGCAAACAGAACUGAACUGCGCACGAGAAAAGGUCGUGGAUCUACAAUUGCUGAUUAGCGUGACGCAAAGUUUUAAGGAGGAAAACUCCAGGUUGACAGGAAUUAACCAAGAAUACCAACUCGCAUUGUGCGAGCAAAAGUUACGAGCCUGCGAAAUGGAGAAGCAGUUGCACAAUGAGAACUGCAAUUUGAGGAUUGAACAAAUCUUCAGCAACUUCACCUCAAGGCUGACGAAAAAAUGCGUUGAGGAGGAAGAGCAGGAUCUGCACCAGCGGUGUUCAGCGAUUAGGAAAGAGCCGGACGGAAUCGUUUUAGAAAUCAACACGCUUAGUGGUUGCUACUUCAUCAGUUUAAAGAAGGAGAACUGGUUCACGGCUGUGCGGGCGUGCAGAUCUCUGGGAAUGCAGCUAGCCACUAUCGAGACUGCCGAAGAAAAUUACCAUCUUGUCAAAGCACUAGGAAAGGUGACCAUCAUUGACAAUUUCUGGCUUUCGGCAACUCGCCUUGGUGCUGAAGACGGAGCCUUUUAUUGGUCGACGACUGGUCAGCGCCUUGAAUUCGCUUCUUGGAACAAAAAGGAGCCGAACAAUGCAAAGGGCAACGAGUCAUGCGUUCAGUUUUCAGACCUCAAGGGCAAUAUUGGGUGGAAUGAUGAGGACUGCUUUGUCCAUUCCAAUUAUAUUUGCGAGCUAGUUAGCAGAACUUAACACUAUCACUGCACUUUGUUACUGAUCACAUCACCAAGGAAAUUUAAAAAAAAAUUGCUGAUAUCUUAAAUAUAUUUUAUUUCAGAAGAAUUAAGAAAAGAGAAACUUCUCACGAAUAAA